AUGCCCCGCAACCACGGCGGCGGGGAGGAGGGCGGCUCCGCGGGGCUCUGGGUGAAGAGCGGCGCGGCAGCUGGCAUGAAGGAUGUGGAGUCGGGCCGGGGCAGGGCGCUGACGAGCUCAGCGGCCCGCGGCGACGGCCUGCUGCUCCUGGGCACCGGCGGCGCGGCCGCCCCCGCCGGGCUGCGGGAGGGCCGCCGCGGGAAGCACGGAGCCCGCAUGAGCCUGCUGGGGAAGCCGCUGUCUUACAGCAGCGGACCGAGCUGCCGCAGGAACGCCAAGUACCGCCGCCUGCAGAACUACCUGUACAACGUGCUGGAGCGGCCCCGCGGAUGGGCCUUCGUCUAUCACGCCUUCGUUUUUCUCCUUGUGUUUGGUUGCUUGAUUUUGUCCGUGUUUUCUACUAUUCCUGAACACACAAAACUUGCCUCUGGUUGUCUCUUCAUUUUGGAAUUUGUCAUGAUUGUUGUCUUUGGUUUGGAAUUUAUUAUUCGUAUCUGGUCUGCUGGGUGCUGCUGUCGAUACCGAGGAUGGCAAGGAAGACUGCGCUUUGCAAGGAAACCAUUCUGUGUAAUAGACAUCAUUGUUCUCAUCGCUUCAAUAGCAGUUGUUUCUGCAAAAACUCAAGGUAACAUUUUUGCAACAUCAGCACUGAGAAGUCUUCGUUUCCUACAGAUCCUUCGCAUGGUGCGCAUGGACCGAAGAGGAGGCACUUGGAAAUUAUUAGGUUCUGUAGUUUAUGCACAUAGCAAGGAAUUAAUCACAGCCUGGUACAUAGGAUUUUUAGUACUCAUCUUUUCAUCUUUCCUGGUUUAUUUGGUGGAAAAAGAUGCAAAUACCGAAUUCUCCACAUAUGCAGAUGCUCUCUGGUGGGGCACAAUCACAUUGACAACCAUUGGCUAUGGAGACAAAACUCCUCUUACUUGGCUUGGAAGGUUGCUUUCUGCAGGAUUUGCUCUACUUGGCAUUUCUUUCUUUGCACUACCUGCUGGCAUCCUUGGCUCAGGAUUUGCAUUGAAAGUGCAGGAACAGCAUCGUCAGAAACACUUUGAAAAAAGAAGGAAUCCAGCUGCAAGUCUAAUCCAGUGUGUAUGGCGUAGUUAUGCUGCUGAUGAGAAAUCAGUUUCCAUUGCUACCUGGAAGCCUCAUUUGAAGGCCUUGCAUACCUGCAGCCCUACAAAAAAAGAACAAGGGGAAUCUUCUAGCAGUAAGCUUUGUAGUAAUAAACAGAAGCUCUUCAGGAUGUACACCCCUCGGAAACAUAGUCAAAAGCUGAGUUUCAAGGAACGGGUCCGGAUGGCCAGCCCACGAGGUCAGAGCAUAAAAAACAGGCAAUCUUCAGUCGGAGAUCGCCGGUCACCGAGUGCUGACAUUGCCACCGAGGGCAGCCCAACCAAAGUCCAGAAGAGCUGGAGCUUCAAUGACCGAACCCGCUUCAGGCCCUCACUGCGGCUGAAGAGCUCCCAGCCCAAACCCAUGGUUGAUGCUGACACCAGUCUUGGAACAGAUGAUGUUUAUGAUGACAAGGGGUGCCAGUGUGAUGUGUCUGUAGAAGAUCUCACCCCUGCUCUUAAAACUGUCAUUAGAGCUAUCAGAAUUAUGAAGUUUCAUGUUGCAAAGAGAAAGUUUAAGGAAACGCUUCGUCCAUAUGAUGUCAAAGAUGUCAUUGAACAGUAUUCAGCAGGUCAUCUAGACAUGCUAUGCAGGAUUAAAAGUCUUCAGUCACGCGUUGACCAAAUUCUUGGGAAAGGACAAAUCACAGCAGAUAAAAGAAGCAGAGAGAAGAAUCCUGCAGAGCAUGAGACAACUGAUGACGUCAGUAUGUUAGGGCGGGUAGUCAAAGUGGAGAAACAGGUACAAUCCAUUGAAUCAAAACUGGACUGUCUAUUAGAUAUUUAUCAACAAGUUUUGCGAAAAGGAUCUGCAUCCGCGCUCACUUUGGCUUCAUUUCAAAUGCCAGCUUUCGAGUCUGAGCAGACUUCUGAUUAUCAGAGCCCAUCAGACAGCAAAGAUUUGUCUAAUUCUGCACAACUUAGUGGAUGUGUAUCCAGAUCAGCUAGUGCCAAUCUGCCUCGUGGCCUACAGCUUAUACUGACACCAAAUGAAUUUAGCACUCAGGCUUACUAUGCUUUUAGUCCAGCUAUGCAUAGUCAAGCAACACAAGUGCCAAAUGAUGGACCUGCAACAGUAAAUAAUACAUCAAACCAAAUAAACCAGACAACUAAGCCAGCAACUCCGACAACAUUACAAAUACCACCCUUCUCAUCGAUGAAGCAUAUCAAUAGGCCUGAGCCCAUUCAUAUUAUUCCUGUAACCACACAGGAAAAUAUUUCUAAUGUCACCGCUUGCCUUGUUGCAUCAAAGGAUAAUGGACAAGUUGCACAGCCCAGUGCGACAAAGGACCUCACAUGGAGAAAAAGUCUGGAUACAGAAGGGGAACCUUUGCUCUCAGUUAAACCUGUAGUGCAAAUGGAUUUAGGAAAAUCUUUAUCUGUACAAAACCUUAUACAGUCAACAGAAGAACUGAAUAUACAGAUUGCUGGCAGUGACUCCAGUGGUUCCAGAGGUAGCCAAGAUGUAUACUCCAAAUGGAGGGAGUCAAAAUUAUUUAUAACGGAUGAAGAGUUGGAGACAGAGGCAGGGACAGAGACUACUGAAGCCAUCUCGCGCCCAUUAGUGGAAACAACUCUCUCUGCUGACUCUCUAAGGACUGGAAUAUCAAGAUCAUCUCAAAACAUCUGCAAGCCAGGGGAUGGUACAGAAGCACUCAAUCUGCUCCAUGUCAAACUUAAAUAACUUCUGGCUUUCUUCAUUGGCUGGGUCAUUCCUCUAGUCAUACAUAUCAUAGCAUGAACUGUUUUGAAAGCCUUUUUAAUAAGAUAAAAUCACAAAAAUCAGGAUGAAUCUGCAAAGCAGUUGAAUGAGCCCAUAUUUCCUAGUUGCAUGAAAAAGCAUGUCUAAGCAAUGGCUAACAUCCAAAUUUACACCUACAGUACAGCAGCCUUUCAUGUAGUACAGUAGGUUUAAAUAAUGAGUUGCCUACAAAGCUAAUGCUGCAGGAUGUAUCAAAAAACAAAAAUUUGAGCAUUUAGACCUUGUGCUGUUUCUAUGGGGCAGAAGUAAAAAUCUUAAGGUUUAAAGCACUUUGCUUCUGAACUGAUUAAAUAUAUAUAUAUAAUGUCCGGAUUUAGAUGAUAGUUUAUGUUUACAACAAAAAGAUUAUCUACAGCUGCUAGCAAGGUACCAAGGAAAUGAGUAACAUGGGGUUAGAAAUGGCUGCCUGUCGCAAGAUACACACAUUAACUCAUCAGUAAUCAGUUAUUUUUAGCUCUGAAGAACAGUAUGUUAAUAUCUGAUUUUUGGUGAUCUAGUGCUGUGGCAGAAGUACCUGACACACCACUGUCACAUUGUUCUUUAUAACAAGAACUAUUUUGUUACAAAAGAUUUGUAUUUUAAGGAUUGGGUCUGGCCUCAGAAGUGGAUAAUGUGGGUGACUGCACUGAAAAUUCAAAGGAAUCUCCCCUUCUUCCAGUCUCAUUGAGAAGCUGACUUGUGAAUCUGAACCAUUUUGGCAGCAGUAGGUGAGGGAAGGAAGCAGGUGCUGCCUUUAUUGUAGAAGCAAUAUUCCCUUCUUGUGAAAAUUUUGGCAAUUUUUCUUGCAGUCCCAACCUGAUACUACAACAGCACUUUCAUAAGGCUGGGCAAGAAGGGAAAAUGAGGAACUGAAAUACAGAGUAAAAGUAAAGAGGGCAGAACAGAAGGGAGAAAGACAACACAAUCCAUGGGGAAAUAAAUAAAUAAUAAUAUGGAUUUAUAUGGGCAGGAAGGGAAAUCAUCCCAGAAAUUAAAACAAGAAAGGUAAAGACAGAAAAAGUUUCAUGCUUUUUUUCUCACAGAUACUAAGUGUUAUUAAAAAAAAAAAAAAGAAAAAAAAAGUCAUGCAGGCAAUCAGA